GGAGGGAAAAUGGAAGAGUCGAGAAGGAAAGGGACAGUGACGUCACUGGCGUCUCUGUUCCCAGUGGAGGAGGCGCAGAAAGCGGCGAAGCGCGUCGAAGAUGCCAUCGCCGAGAAGCGAAACGAGCUCGACAGCCUACAAGGUUUUGUCGGCGACAACAACAACCUCGUUAACCUCGUCCAGAAGCUCCCCGACCACCUCUCUCACGACAUCAUGGUUCCGUUUGGGAAAGCAGCGUUCUUCCCAGGUCGCUUGAUUCACACCAAUGAGUUUCUGGUUCUUUUGGGAGAAGGCUAUUAUGCAGAGAGAACGUCCAAACAAGCCAUAGAGAUUUUGCAACGAAGAGGGAAGUCCUUGGAUUCACAAGUUGAUUCUCUUGAGGCCAUGAUCAAGGACCUUGAGGCAGAGGCUUCGUUUUUCAAUUCCACAGCUUCUGAAGCAGCGGAGGGUCUUGUGGAAAUAAGGGAAGAUUAUGAGGAGGAAGACUCUAACGGAGGGGAAUCUAAACCAGGUCCACUGAAGCAAGUUGCUUUUAAUUUUGAGAAUGCUAUGGCUGACGAUGGGGAAUAUGCUCGUAUAUUGUCUAGAUUGGAUGAACUUGAAAAAGAAGAGCUUGCUGCAGAAAUUGACAAUCAAAGUCAUGAAAAUGAGGAACCUAUUGAUGACAAUCUCCAAAAUUUAGAAGACUUUCAUCAAGGCAUACCACUGGACCAGACUAACAAUAACAUUAUAGCAACUGAGUCUACAGAAAAGAAUAAUCAUCAAGAAGAUAUAGCUAAUCAGUUGAAUUUUGCAAGCCUGGCAAUGGAAUCUAAAGUCAGAGAUGGGAAAAGUUCUGAACAAAAUGUGGAAUCCAUUGAUCGUAUUGAGAAGCUUCCCAUACUUCCUAAACAGAAGACAGUUCAAGCAACUACUGCAUCGAAUAUUGAGGUCCCGAAUCAAACUUCAGAACCAUCAUUUGAUAGUAGCAAGGCUUUUACAGGCUCCAUCAUAGAGCAUGCUGAGAAUGUUCAAACAACUUCAAGAGAACAAAGAUCAACUUCCUUACAGGUUCCUGAUUCUCAAUAUUCAAAACCAGUCUCCAGAUUCAAAAUGCAGAGAAGAUAGCUACAAUAAUAUGAGAAGGUUAUUUGAAGCUUUUCUUAUUGGACAAUCUAAUGAUGGUGGCAUCCAUGAUGGUUCAAGGAUGUGCUUGUUAGAAUCAAAAGCAAAAAAAGUAGAAAUAGGAUAAACCGUGGAGGAUUGAAAAUUUAAUGUCUUUUCUUGGUAGAAAGAAAAAGUGGAAGAAAUGAAUAUGGUGUUUAUACCUUUUUUAGACCGAGAUGGUGAUUUGAUGGGCUAGGACAAAUGGGCCAGGUCUAGUUCUUUGGAGUUAGUUAGAAGAGAGAGAUUGACUGUCUAUAUAAUGUAUGUGGGUGGGAAGGGGAAGGCAUGUUGAUUGUAAUAGUGGGUUAUUGGUAGAAGAGAAUCCAUGGGGAUUUCCAGAGAAGAGGGGUACUGUGGAGUCCCCUCCAUUAUCCUUUAUUUUCUAUUUCUAUUUCGUUUUCCUUUAAGGCUAUGUCAGCCAUUGUUAGUGUUUUGCUAUUAAACUUGUCUUACUGUAACUGUUUGAGUUUGAUUCUGAAUUUCCUUUUUAUCCAAAUUGGGGUUUAAUCAAUUUGGUAU